AAAUAUGCAAUGGCGGACAAAAAAAAAUACAGUGUUCUUGAGCUGACUGGUAGGCUUGGAAAUACAGCCUUGUAUGUCUACCUUUAUAUAGAAUAGACAGAAUGUGGAAAGAUCAAAUCAAAUAUCACUGGAAACCCACUAGAGAAAAUGGGUUCCCAAAAGUCUCAACUGGCUAUACUGUUCUUGAUCUGGGCUUCACUAACAUACCUAUCUUUUAGCCUCCCGAGUGAGUACUCUAUAUUGGGUCAAGAGCAGGACAAGUUUCCUACAGAGGAAAGAGUGAUUGAGCUCUUCCAACAAUGGAAGAAAGAGCACAAAAGGGUGUACAAACAUGCCGAGGAGGCCGAGAAGAGGUUCGAGAAUUUCAGGAGGAAUUUGAAGUACAUAAUUGAAAACAAUGCAAAGAGAAACUCACCCAACGCACAUCGCUUGGGGUUGAACAAGUUUGCGGAUUUGAGCAAUGAAGAGUUCAAGAAGACUUAUUUGUCAAAAGUGAAGAAGCCUUUCAGCAAGAUGAGUAACACUCUUUUGAGUGGGAGUAUGCAGGAAAAGUUGCAAUCUUGUGAUGAUGCUCCUACUUCCUUGGAUUGGAGGAAAAAGGGAGUUGUCACUGGCGUUAAGGACCAAGGCGAUUGUGGAAGUUGCUGGGCAUUCUCCUCAACUGGUGCUAUAGAAGGAAUAAACGCCAUAGUCACUGGAGACCUUAUUAGCCUUUCAGAACAAGAACUUAUGGAUUGUGAUACUACCAACUAUGGAUGUGAUGGAGGCUAUAUGGACUAUGCUUUUGAAUGGGUUAUAAGCAAUGGGGGGAUUGAUACAGAAGCUGAUUAUCCCUACAAAUUUGUGGAUGAAACCUGCAUCGUUGCCAAGGAGGAAACCAAAGUUGUAAGCAUUGAUGGCUAUAAAGAUGUAGCAGAAUCAGACGGUGCUCUCUUGUGUGCUUCUGUUCAUCAGCCCGUUAGUGUGGGUAUGGAUGGCUCUGCACUUGACUUUCAACUUUACACAAGUGGUAUCUAUGACGGUAGCUGUUCGAGUGAUCCUGAUGACAUUGACCACGCCGUUUUAAUAGUGGGCUAUGGUUCUGAAGAUGGUGAAGAUUAUUGGAUAGUGAAGAAUUCAUGGGGAACAUAUUGGGGAAUGGAUGGAUACUUUUAUAUAAGAAGGAAUACUAAUUUAACAUAUGGAGUCUGUGCUAUUAAUGCUAUGGCUUCAUAUCCAACCAAAGAGUCUUCUUCGCCAUCUCCUUAUCCAUCCCCAACUACUCCACCACCACCACCUACUCCCGUGACACCACCGCCGCCGCCACCACCUCCUCCUUCUCCUUCACCAAGUGAAUGUGGUGACUUCUCCUACUGUCCAAGUGAUGAGACAUGCUGCUGCAUAUAUGAAUUCUAUGACUUUUGCCUGAUUUAUGGUUGCUGUCCAUAUGAAAAUGCUGUUUGUUGUACUGGAACUGAGUACUGCUGCCCGGGUGAUUACCCCAUUUGUGAUGUUGAAGAAGGGCUCUGUCUCAAGAACCAGGGAGAUUACUUAGGAGUAGCCGCAAGGAAGAAAAAGAUGGCCAAACACAAGUUCCCAUGGACUAAAUUAGAACAAACAGAGAAGGAAUACAGCCCACUUCAGUGGAAGAGGAAUCCAUUUGCCUCAAUGCGCUGAGAAAGGGAACAUAUUUACCAUUUCUAUGAAGUUUGAAGGAUGUUGUUACUAUUGCAAUUUCAAUUUCUUCAUAGCAGGCAUUGUGUCAUUCUGCUGUGACAGGUGUUUGUAUGGACUCUCUAGAGUCUGAACAUGUGUUUUGAGCAAACUGCAAAACCAGAUACAGAAGAUCUAAGGAGAAAAAGUGAUUUUUCUCUUGGUGAUGUUUUGGAAACAUUAUUUUCAUUGAUUACAACUAUGCUUUAAUUAUUUUUCCUACUUUGUAGCACAAUGUUCAUGCUUAAGGCAGUUUAGAUAUUUUGGUCCAGUAUUGUAAUAUAAAUAAAUGGGAAUAAGUUGAAUGUCA